AUGCGCCUCCAGGACCUUGACGGCCUCGGGCCCGUGCUCCCGCGCAUGGACGCCGCCCAUCUCGCCCGCGCACAGAAGCUUCUCGAUGUCAUCAUGGCCUCCGUCGCCCAGCAAGAGCACAUGCACCAGACGCAGCAAGCGCCGGACGAUGACGCCAAGGCGCCGGCCCCCAACGACAUGUGGGUCAUGGCCUCGCUCUUCGCCAUCUUGAGUGGCAUCGAGCUGGAGCGCGAGCGCGACCGUGAGAACGGCGGGCCUGACCUCGCGCCCGCAAGUAUCACGCUGCGCGAUCUCCUCAGCGCGUGCCACGUCGGCCUCAGCGCGUUCCUGACGAGCUUUACGGGCCUCUUUAACAUGCUCAUCCUGGACCUAAGCCCGGAUCUGCUCACGCGCGCAAACGUGCUCAAGGAGCGCUUGACGAUCGCGUCCAUCUUGUUUACAAAGUACGACCAGCUCUGGUCGGCCUUCGUCUCGACGGAGCCAGGUAGCCCACGGAAAGCGCACCUCUUCAAGGCCGGGUGGCUGCUCUUCCUCAUUGCUCGAUCCCGUCUCCACAUGUCGAACGCGGGCCUCGGCGACCUCUACUACCUUCUUCUCGCUGUCUUGCAGCUCGUCAUCUCCAAGGUCCAUGUGCGCAGCGUCGAGGCCGAGAUUGCGGCCGCCCUGAGCUCGCUGGGCAGUCCCCACGCGCAGUCGCCACACACGAUACUUGAAAAGCUGUGUGCCAAGCCACAUGUCAACCGCAUUGACGUCGAGCGCGCCAUGGCCAAGCUCGAGAAGGAGAUGCAAGGCCUCGAAGACGCCGGCGUCCUCGCGUCGACAGCCACCGAGACGUACAGCUCCAUCUUUAGCGAUGCGCUCCUUCCCGGCAACGUCGCCAAGCUCGAGACCCACUACCACACGACGUAUGUCCUGCGCGUCUACGACCUCGACGAGUCGAUCUUUGCCGAUCACGAGCUCAAGCAGUCGCUCAUCGGGCCGCCACCGCCCCAACGCGAGCCCACACCCGCGCCAUUUGCGCCAUCAAGUCAGAACUCGUCUUCGUUUGAACAAGCGUGGCAGUGGCAAGGCCAAGUGCCACCGACCAAGGCGCCCGGGUCAGCAACCAAGUCCCCAAGCGUGCUUCUCCCGAAGCGGUCGCCAAGCGUGCUGCAGACACCCGUGACGGCCGCUGUCGAGACCAACAACUGGAUCCGCCACACGCUAUCGUCGCUGCCUGCGCACCCGUCCGAGAAGCUACUGACGUACUUUGGCGGGUGCGUGCAAGCGCCAACCGCCAAAGACAUGGUUCUCUCGCUCAUUCACGAGCUCUCGACCAAGGUCGGCACGCUGCACCGUCCGUCGACGCGGCUCCUCUUGCCGUUGGGCGCCACCCAGCCGCCGCCGUCGCAGGUCCAAGGCAGUCUCGGCAAGACCAAGACGAUGGGCGUCGGGCUCUACUACCGCGUGCUCGAGUCGCUUCUCGACGCCGAAGCCGACCGACUGCACACGAGUGACUUUUCGUCGCUGCUCACGAACGCAGCGUUCCACAAGGCGCUGUUUGCGUGCAGCAUGGAGGUCGUGCUCAAGGCGCACAGUCUCGUGACGCUGGCGUUCCCGCACAUUCUCGGAACGUGCGACGUCUCGGCCUUUGACUUUGGCAAAAUCCUCGAGAGCUUUGUGAAGCGCGCGCCGUCGCUGCCGAGCGAACUCAAGCGGCACAUGCGGGACCUCGAGCAAACCGUGCUCGACUCGCUCGUGUGGCAGAGUCGCUCGGGCUUGUACGCGCUGCUGGCGGCCGACGAGGCGACGCCGGCGCGCUUCUGCAUGCUGCAGCUUUUCUUUCGUAAAGUGCUCGCGCUCGCGGCCAACCGCAUCUACGCGCUCGGCCAGCACCUUCAGCUCGACGCGACGUACUUGAAUCAGAUCUGGACGAGCGUGAAGGAGUGCAUCUCGAACCACGCCGAGCUCCUCCGCGAUCGCCAUGUGGACCAUGUGAUUCUCUGCAGCUUCUACGGCGUGUGCAAGGUCAACCACGUCGUGCCCGAGGUCACGUUCAAGCGCGUGCUCGAGGCGUACAAGCGCACGUAUCCCGCGUCGGCGAAAGCCGCGAUCGUCCGCGAGAUUCCGCUCGACAAGCCGUCAAUCAAAGGCGACGUGAUCAAGUUUUACAACCGGUGCUACAUCCCGACCCUCAAGGCCUUCCUGCUGCAGUUUCAGCUGCACGAUCGCCAAGAAGCGGCGGCCAACGCCGUGACGCCCUUUGUCCAGCACCUCCCGCACGUCGGCGUCUCGGACAAUGAGGUGAUUGCCGAGGCCGCGACCGCCGCCGUCGAGCGAUUGCUCCACACGCACGGCAGCGUCCAGCGGCCGCCCGCCCCGAAAGUCGAGAUCCAGUCGCUCGCGGAGAUCCAGUCGCUGCCCCGGCCGUCGCAGCGGUCGUCGCCCAAGCGCGUGCUCAGUAGCAACGUGUACAUAUCGCCGUUGCGGCAGAUCCGCCAGCCGCGCACCGCGCUCACACCGCGCACCCACGCACUGUACGCGUUUGGAGAAAGCCCGGCGCGGGAUCUUGCGCUUAUCAACCGCGCUGUCAACACCAAGGGCGUUCGGCUAACGCUGCCGACGCUGCACGAUGCGAUCCCCGAAGACAAGUCGGUGGACGACGACAACGACGACAACGACGACAACGACGACGAGACGGAGAGCGCUGUCUCGACACCAAAGCGACGCCGAUACACAUAGUCCCGAUCGAUUAAGUACACCCUAUCUAUACUCUUUCCGUCC